AUGUCACGCUUCAUUUUCCUGGCAUUGCUGUCGACGGUCCCCUCCAUCUCAGCUACGAAUUGCUAUACGCCUGACGGAACAAUAUCGAACGAUCGCCCAUGCAACGCGUCAGCCUCAGCCAGCGUCUGCUGCACGCAGGGCUUCCUCUGCACUUCCAACCAGCUCUGCCAGCCCCCCGGCUGGUGGGAUGGCUCGGACGGCAAUCCCCUCCAGUUCAUCAGAGGGACCUGCACGGACAAGACGUGGGCUGCGCCUGAAUGCCAGGGACACUGUGUUGCAGAUAACCCCUCGGGAGGAGAGUGGGUGAUGCGAUGUGGAAAUACCACCAGCAACUACUGCUGCUCUGCAGAUGACUGCUGUACCAAGGCUUCGUACUUGAAAUUCACCCUGGACGAACCCACUAUCACUGCGACGGCGGGUAUAGAACCUACCUCGACGGCGACGACCACGACAGAGUCCUCCAGGGAGACAUCCACGGCAACAACAAGCACAUGGACGUCGAAGACGCCAACCCCCACCACGAGCGCAGCCUCAAACUCGAACGAUUCGCGCAGUUCAAAGUCAGACUCAACAACAAGUAUAGCGAUCGGCGUCGGUGUCGGUGUCGGGGUAGGCGUUGUCAUCAUAGGAUGUCUGCUCGUGCUGUUUGUCAUGCGAUCGCGCCGGAAGAAGCGACUCGCAGCCGAGCAGAACAAUUCAGCCUUCUUGCGGGGGUCUCAGGAAGGCACCUUCGGUGUCUAUCCUCCGGUGACUCGAGUCCAGCAUCCCUCAGAGCUAGACUCGCAGCAGCAGCAACACCCGACUGUGGCGGAGCUAGACGGCGUCCACACGGGGAAGCACGAGGUGCGGUGA